GCGGUCUCAGGCACUUCCGCUCGGGUGGCCAGGUUGCUACAGGCUCUUCCGUCGCUUUGACACUACCAGGCACAGAUCUGCCUCAGCAGGACUCUAUUCCCAGAAUCUGUUCAUCUCCAGAAGUAGCAAGAGAAAAUGACCACAUUCAAGGAGGUAGUGACAUUCAAGGACGUGGCUGUGGUCUUCACGGAGGAGGAGCUGGGGCUGCUUGACCCCGCCCAGAGGAAGCUGUACGGAGAAGUGAUGCUGGAGAACUUGGGGAACCUGGUCUCUGUGGGGCAUCAACCAUUCAAACGAGAUAUGGUCCACUUGGUAAGGGAAGGAAAGUUUUGGAUGAUGAAGUUAGCAACCCAAGGAAAAGGCAAUUCGGGAGACAAAAUCCAACACAAGAUGGAGACUAUUCCUAAAGUGGAACCACAUGAAGAACUUUCCUGCUGGCAAAUCUGGCAGCAUAUUGCAGAUGACUUAACCUGGUGUCACGACUCCAUGAUAAAGACUUCUCAAUUCCACAGACAAUGGGAUUUACCCAGCCACGUUGAGGCAGCACGGUCUAUAACCCACACAGGCCAGACGACUUCCCUGGGAAAUGACUGCAAAAAGAUCUUUAGUGAUACCUCCCACUGUGAUCUCCAACACAUAAACUCAGGGGAGAAGUCUCACACAUGUCGCGAUUGUGGGAAAUGCUUCUUUUAUAGCUCCGCGCUUCGUGUUCAUCAGAGAGUUCACCUGGGAGAGAAGCGGUAUAGGUGUGAGGAGUGCGGUAAGGAAUUCAGUCAGAGCUCAUGCCUGCAAACUCAUCAGAAAAUCCACACCAUAGGGAAGCCAUUCAAAUGUGGGGAAUGUGGGAAAGGCUUCAGUCGUAGAUCAGAACUUAGUAAUCAUUGCAGGUUACACUCAGGAGAGAAACUUUAUAAGUGUGAGGGAUGUGGAAAGGCCUUCAUUAAUGCUUGCCAUCUUCAGGACCAUCAGAGAGUCCACACCGGGGAGAAGCCAUUCAAGUGUGAUAUCUGUGGUAAGAACUUCCGUCGUAGAUCAGCACUUAAUAGUCAUUGUGUGGUCCACACGGGAGAAAAACCAUACAAGUGUGAGGAGUGUGGGAAGUCCUACACUUGGCGUUCACGUCUUCGUAUCCAUAAGAAGGUCCACAUGGGACAGAAACCAUACAAAUGUGAAGAAUGUGGAAAGAGCUUCUUUUCUAGGACACAUCUUUAUUAUCAUCGGAGGUUCCACACAGAGGAGAAACCUUACAAUUGUAAGGAAUGUGGGAAGAGCUUCAGGUGGGUCUCACCUCUUUUGACACAUCAGCGAGUCCACAGUGGAGAAAAACCAUUCACAUGUGAAGAAUGUGGGAAGGGAUUUGGUCAGAAAUCGUGCCUGCAAGCUCAUCAGAAAGUCCACACCAGAGAAAAGCCAUACAAAUGUGAGGAAUGUGGGAAGGGCUACAAGACGAGCUUGGAUCUUGAUGUGCACCAGAGUGUCCAUUUGGGAGAGAACCCAUACACCUGUAGGACAUGUGGUAAGCACUUCACUAGGACCUCAAAUCUUAAAGUUCAUCAGAGAGUCCACACUGGAGAGAAACCGUACAAAUGUAAUGUGUGUGGUAAGGUCUUCAGUCAAUCUGGACAUUUAAAAUCUCAUCAGAGAGUUCACACAGGGGAGAAACCUUACAAGUGUGAGAUAUGCAGUAAGCAGUUCAGUUCAAGUUCGUAUGUUAAAAUUCAUCACAGAAUCCACGUUGAGGAUAAAUCUCAUUCUGUCUCAUGGCUGCCCUGCGCCAGCAAGACCCCGUUUGUGAUUGACCCCAAGAUAGUAAUCCAUUUGACCUUCGCUGCCCACCUGCAGUACCCGCCCGCCUUCACCCCACCUUUUGCUUGUAUAAACCUGGACGUAUUUUCAGGCACUUUGAAGACAGUCUUGGAGCCUCUCAGAAAGGGCUGCACAGAGGUGGAAAGAGUGACUCCCCUGGCUACUGACAGCAAAGUUCCACCUCUACACCCAACGUGGGGCCCGAACUCACAACCCGGAGAGCAAGAGUCACACGUGCCAUCGACUGAGCCAGGUGCCCCUGUUCUUGAUGCUUUUGAAGAGUGUAGAGGCCCCCCACCAGGCGCCGUUCUGCCUUCCUGGGAUCUGUGCAACUCUGCGCUCUGCACACUGCCAGAAGUCGGAGGACCCGUGACCAUGUUCAAGGAGGCUGUGACGUUCAAGGACGUGGCUGUGGUCUUCACGGAGGAGGAGCUGGGGCUGCUUGACCCCGCCCAGAAGAAGCUGUAUGGAGACGUGAUGCUGGAGAACUUCCGGAACCUGCUCUCUCUGGGAGGAAAGAUCCAAAAUAAAAUGAAGACUGUUUUAGAAACAGAACCACACAAAGAGCUUUCCUGCUGGCAGAUCUGGCAACAGAUUGCAAGUGACUUAACCCAGUGUGAAGGCUCCAUGAUAAAGAGUUCUCAGUACCCCAAACAAGGUGAUUCACCUGGACAGGUUGGGGCCGGACUGUCUGAAACUCACACAGGUCAGAAACCUGAUCAGUGCAGUGAAUUUAAGAAAUAUUUCAGUGAUGUCUCCAACUUUGAUCUUCAUCAACAAGUACACUCGGGAGUGAAGUCUCACACGUGUCGUGAGUGUGGAAAAAGCUUCUGUUACAGUUCAGCACUUCAUAUUCAUCAGAGAGUUCACCUGGGAGAGAAACGCUAUAAGUGUGAUGAGUGUGGGAAGGAAUUCAGUCAGAGCUCAUGCCUGCAAACUCAUCAGAAAGUCCACACCAUAGAGAAGCCAUUCAAAUGUGAGCAGUGUGGGAAUGGCUUCUGUCGUAGAUCGGCACUUAAUGUUCAUUAUAAGUUGCACCUGGAAGAGAAACCUUAUCGUUGUGACCAAUGUGGAAGGGCCUUCAUUCAUGCUUCCCAUCUUCAGGAACAUCAGAGAAUCCACACCGGGGAGAAACCCUUCAAAUGUGAUAAAUGUGGUAAGAAUUUUCGUCGUAGAUCAUCACUUAAUAGUCAUUGUAUGGUCCACACGGGAGAAAAACUGUACAAAUGUGAGGAGUGCGGGAAGGGUUUCUUUUGUAGCACAAAUCUUCACAUCCAUCAGAAGGGCCACACGCGAGAGAAACCUUAUAAAUGUGAGGAGUGUGGGAAGGGCUUCAUUCAGCCUUCUCAUUUUCGGGCCCAUCAGAGAAUCCAUACUGGUGAGAAACCAUAUGUGUGCAAAGUGUGUGGUAAAGGCUUCACUAUGAGUUCAAAUCUUCAGGCGCAUCAGAGAGUCCACACAGGAGAGAAACCAUACAAAUGCAACGAGUGCGGGAAGAACUUCGGGACGAAAACCCGUUACCAGGUUCAUCUGGUGGUACACACGGGAGAGAGACCCUAUAAAUGUGAAGUAUGUGGGAAGGACUUCAGUCAGAGAGCAUAUCUUCAGUCCCAUCUGAAGACGCACAGCGUGGAGAAACCUUACAAGUGUGAGGAAUGCGGGCAGGGCUUCAAUCAGAGUUCCCGACUUCAGAUUCACCAGCUGAUCCACACCGGAGAGAAGCCACACAAAUGUGAAGAGUGUGGGAAGGGAUUCAGUCGUAGAGCAGAUCUCAAAAUCCACUGCAGAAUCCACACUGGAGAGAAACCAUUUAAUUGUGAGGAGUGUGGGAAAGUAUUCAGGCAGGCCGCAAAUCUUCUGGCGCAUCAGAGAAUCCACAGCGGAGAGAAACCUUUCAAGUGUGCAGAGUGCGGGAAGAGCUUUGGUCGCAGUUCACACCUGCAAGCCCAUCAAAAAGUGCACACCGGAGAAAAGCCAUACAAGUGUGAGGAGUGUGGGAAGGGCUUCAAGUGGAGCUUGAAUCUGGACAUGCAUCAGAGGGUCCACACGGGAGAGAAACCCUACAAGUGUGGGGAGUGUGGGAAGCACUUCAGUCAGGCCUCAAGUCUUAAGGUCCAUCAGAGCGUCCACAGUGAGGAGAAACCGUACAAAUGUGAUGUGUGCGGCAAGGUCUUCCGCCACUCUUCGCAGCUACAGUCUCAUCAGAGGGUUCACACGGGGGAGACCCCUUACAAGUGUGAGACCUGUGGUCAGAGCUUCCGUUGGCGAUCCAAACUUUCACAUCAUCGCAAAACUCAUGGUGGCAGUACGGUUUAUGAAGGUAACAAGAGUGGUAAGAACAUGAAGGAAUUGUGUGUGGAAAGAAGUUCUCCAAAAUGACGUUGUGUGAAACCCUGAAUUCUUACCAUCAUCGAGUCUCAUAAGAGAGAAAAUACUUGUUUGGUUUAGUUGGUAUUGAAGCAAUAAUUGAACCGAUCCCGGUUUUCACCAGAUCACACAGUGGAGAACCCUUAAGUGGUGUGAUACGUCUUUGUUCAGAAGCACUUAGAUAGUACUUAGGAAUAGAGUUUGGUCUGGCCUUUAACACAAGUAUAAUGGUGUGCAUGCCAGAAUUCAUAUGCACUAGAAUGUAAGCUGCAUGAGGACAGGGACUUUGCUGCUAAAUAUACAUAGCCCUCAAUGCUGGAGGCAUCAUAAUUCUGGACUUCAAGUUAUAUUGCAAAACUGUAACAAACAAAAUAGUAUUGUACUGGCACAAAAAUAGACACGUAGGUCACUACAACAGAAUAGAAAACCCAGAAAUGAACCCACAAAUACAUGGUCAGUUAAUCUACAACAAAGCAGGAAAGAAUAUCCAAUGGGAAAAAUAGCGUUGGGAAGACUGGACAGCAACAUGCAAGAGAGUGAAAUUGGACUGCAUUGUUACCCCGUACACAAAAAUAAAUCCAAAAUAGAUUAAAGACCUAAGUGUGAGACCUGAAACCAUAAAAGUCCUUGAAGAAAGCAAAGGCAGUAAUUUCUCUGAUAUCAGCUGUAGCAACUUUUUUUUCUAG